AUGAGAGGGGUGGCGUGGCCGGAAUUUGGUCCGUUAGAACUAGGAGAGAAAGCAGCCCGGGAGCUCCACAAAUUGGACUCCCCGCAGCAGCGGCAGCGGGGGGGGCUGGGGCUGCCGGGGUGGCGGCUCCUGGACCGGCUCCGGCUGGGCAGGCAGGAGCCGUGGGGGGGCUCCCUGGCGCGGGUAUGGCUGCGCUGGGGGGUGGAGCUGGACAAGUUGGAAUCUCCGGAGGAGUUGGCUCGGGGGCGGCGGGAGCCGCCCCGGGCACGAGACUUAUUUGAAAAAUUAGAAGCCGAAAUUAAAUUCACCAAGGGGGGAGACAUAAAAGUUAUAAUCCCAGAUACUAAAUAUAUCGAGGCAGCUGCUUUCUUUAUACAGGAAAAUCAUGGAGAAAUCCCCGCAGAAAUAGAAAAUGCUGUCAUACCCUUAGUCUGGGCCAGCGAGUACCCUGGGAAGUCAAAGCAAGCUGAACCAGUAAGCAUCGCACUCAGGCCAGGAGCAAUCCCGGUAAGGCAAAACCAAUAUCCUUUGAAAUUAGAAAGCCGAAAAGGCCUAGCACCUAUAAUUGAAAAGUUCCUUAAAUUUGGUUUACUAGUAGAAUGUGAAUCCAGAUUUAAUACCCCCAUCCUACCAGUGAAAAAGGCCGAUGGCAAAAGCUAUCGGCUAGUCCAGGAUCUUAGGACCAUCAAUAAAAUAACUGAGGACAUUUACCCAGUGGUAGCCAACCCCUAUACACUGUUAACCACAUUGACAGAGGAUUUAGGAUGGUUCACUGUACUCGAUCUUAAAGAUGCCUUUUUCUGCAUUCCUGUACACAAAGACAGCCAGGAGAUUUUCGCCUUUGAGUGGGAAAAUCCUGAGACAGGGAGAAAAACGCAACUAACCUGGAGAGUUCUUCCACAAGGCUUUAAGAACAGACCAACACUUUUCGGAAAUCAGUUGGCAAAGGAACUGGAGGACUGGAGAAGACAGCAGCAAGAAGGAGUUGUCCUGCAGUAUGUUGACGACAUCUUAAUUGCAGCCAAAAGCCGGGACCAAUGCAUCGAGCUUACUGUAAGUCUCUUGAACUUUUUGGGGCUAAGUGGGUAUCGGGUCUCGAGAGAGAAGGCACAGAUAGCCAAGGAGAUAGUCAUCUACCUGGGACUUGAAAUCUAUCGUGGGCAUCGGCGACUCAGUACAGACCGAAAAGAGGCCAUUUGCCGUCUCCCAGAGCCCCACACUGUACGAGAGAUGCAGGCUUUCCUGGGAAUGGUAGGAUGGUGUCGGCUGUGGAUAGCUAACUAUGGGUUGCUAGUCAAACCUCUGUAUGAAGCCCUGAAAACGGCCAAAGAGGGAAUUGUAACAUGGACAGAUGAGACCAGAAAUGUGUUUCAACAACUGAAACAGUCCUUGAUGUCAGCUCCAGCACUAGGAUUACCAGAUUUGACUAAACCUUUUGAACUGUUCACACACGAGCAGUUGAAUGUUGCUCUGGGGGUAUUAUCGCAAACUCUAGGAAGCCAACGAAGAGCUGUGGCUUAUUUCUCUAAACAGCUAGACAGUGUCAGCCAAGGGUGGCCGGGGUGCCUGUGAGCUGUUGCAGCAACUGUUAUCCUGAUUGAAGAAGCCCGGAAGCUCACCCUUGGGCAGCAUAUCACUGUAUAUGUACCCCAUGCAGUUCAAGCUGUGCUUGAACAAAAGGGAGGCCACUGGCUGUCCCCCAGCAGAAUGCUUAAGUACCAGGUUGUGUUGCUGGAACAAGACGAUGUUACUUUGAAAACAACAUCCAUUGUAAAUCCAGCUAUGUUUCUGUCUUCAACACUAACCGACAGUGUCCCCGAGCAUGACUGUUUACAGACUAUAGAGGAGACUUACUCCAGCAGACCAGACCUGAAAGAUGUGCCCCUGAAAAAUGCAGACUGGGAACUGUAUACAGACGGAAGCAGCUUCAUGCGAGAUGGUAAGCGCUUCACAGGGUAUGCAGUGACGACCAGAGACGAAGUGAUCGAGGCAAAAGCCUUGCCAGCAGAUGUGUCAUCCCAAAAAGCAGAAUUAAUCGCAUUGACAAGAGCCUUAGAACUGAGUGAAGGAAAGAAGGUAAAUAUCUGGACUGACUCAAAAUAUGCAUUUAGUGUUGUACACGCCCACGGAGCGAUCUGGAAAGAAAGAGGACUACUGACAGCCCAAGGCAGUGGAGUCAAGCAUGCAGACCAAAUCCAUGCACUCCUGCAGAGUAUUUGGAAACCAGAGGAGGUAGCUAUUAUGCAUUGCAGGGCCCACCAAAAGGGGAAAACAAUUCCCGAGUUGGGAAAUCAAUUUGCUGAUCAAGCAGCAAAAGGGGCUGCAGAAAAAGGCAUCUUGGCAAUAGUGCCACAAAAGGAAAUUGAUCUGACCAAAUACACCCCUAAGUAUGAUGAGAAAGACAAUCAGCUAAUUAGAUCACUGAAAGCUGAAAUCAAAGAAGGGGGGUGGGCUGUUACCCCUACUGGACAGGUUGUAGUCCCACCACCGCUCCUUAGGGAAAUAGCUCAACAGGAACAUGAGGCUACCCAUUGGGGAACGGAAAACCUCCUGAAACAUCUAAAGAAAACAGUAAUAGGAACAAAUAUGACUGAAGUUGUGCAGUCCAUAGUAGGCUCUACUUUGCAGAAGCUGCAGAAGGUCAUCGAGUUAUCCAGACCCAUAGGACUGGACACUCCUGCUCACCCAUUCCAGCCAGGAGACUGGGUCUACGUCAAGUGGUGGAACAGUGACCCCUUGCGAGCCAAGUGGAGAGGACCAUACCAAGUCCUGCUGACUUCCCUCACCGCCGUCAAGGUUGCUGGCAGAGAACCCUGGUUCCACUACUCCAGAGUCAAGAGAGCAUCAGCUCCUGGAACGACCAACCAAUCAGAACCGGACACUGAUGACGAAGAUGUGGAAUAG